AUGGCUCAGUUUCUUCUCCUUUUCUUGAUCCUAGCCGAUGCCUUUCCGGUUCAAGCAUCCGGAAGUUCAACUGUUCAUCCUAUGGCCGAAUCUGCGAUUCGGAAACUGGGAAAUCACCAGGCCAAGACGGCGAUUUAUUCCUCGGUUUCACCAUCUUUGAGCCCAUCCAAAGCGCCGAAGCAAGCUGAAGCCGUUCACUCUGGAAAAGAGGUCAGUGCAUCAGAUGAAGAGACCCAGUUCGUCCACGAGACGACAAGUCAUCAUCGCCGCCACCGUCCGAACGACAAGUCGGUCGCCGGCGGCGGCGUGAUUCUAGGCGGCCUUGCCACCACUUUCUUGGUGGCUGUUUUCUGCUACAUCCGAGCUACUAGGAGGAGAAGUGUUGCUGAUGAGGCUAAUGCUGAUAAUGCAAUCCCUAACUGAUGGUUUAUGGAUCUGUAAAUACAUCAUGGGAGGCAUUAAGAGUCGCCCAUUUGAUCAAUACUGCAAUGAAUAUGGUUUUUCCAGCAUAGUUAAUGAAA